AUGAUGGACAUAGAUACAAGCUAUAGAUCCCCCAACAGAACUCAAUUCAAUCAGUUCAAUAAAGAGAAUAUUACACCUUUGAAUUCACCUACUAAAUCCAUAUUACAGGGGUCACCCGUCGGUACUGCUAAUCCUGGUACUCCUUAUAAGAGUGGAAGAUUACAACAACCGUAUACACCAACACCAGCUCCACCCGUUCCCGCUACACAUAUUCCACAUACUCCUGCUACAAUUCAAAAGCAGCAGCAACAACAACAACAGCAACAAGAAGAAGUGCAAAAUAUUCAAGCAAUCCAAGAAAACAUAAAUCAAUUGCAGCCUCCUCCAAGUCAAAGAUUCAAAUUAUCACAAGAUGAGUUUUAUAAAAGAGCCAAUAGUCCCAAAACAAAGAGAUUGACAUCAGUUGCCCAAUUAUAUUUUUUGGAUUAUUAUUGUGAUAUGUUUGAUUAUGUCAUUAGUAGAAGGGAAAGAACGCGUUUAGUCGAGAAUCGAUUAUUAACUGAUCCUAGUUUCCAAAAUGAUCCCCAAAGACAACAAUUAGAAUGGAAGAAUUACAUCGGAAGAGAACGAGCAUUAUUGAGGAAAAGAAGAUUAAAACCAAAACAUAAAGAUUUUGAAAUGAUUACACAAGUAGGACAAGGUGGUUAUGGACAAGUCUUUUUGGCCAGAAAGAAAGAUACUAGAGAGAUAUGUGCUCUUAAGAUUUUAAACAAAAAGCUAUUAGUGAAGUUAGAUGAAACAAGACACGUCUUAACCGAAAGAGAUAUUUUGACAAACACUAGGAGUGAUUGGCUUGUUAAGCUAUUGUACGCUUUCCAAGAUCCUGAGAAAGUAUACCUUGCUAUGGAGUUUGUACCGGGGGGUGAUUUCAGAACUUUAUUAAAUAAUACCGGAUAUUUACUACCACCACAUGCAAGAUUCUAUAUAAGUGAAAUGUUUUGUGCCGUAAAUUCUUUACAUGAAUUAGGAUUUACUCAUCGUGAUUUAAAGCCAGAAAACUUCUUGAUUGAUUCUAAAGGUCAUAUCAAACUUACUGAUUUUGGUUUGGCUGCAGGUACUGUUUCCAAUGAUAGAAUUGAAUCGAUGAGAUUAAAAUUGAAAAAUUUACAAGAUUUAGAUAAUUAUCAACUUCCUUCUCGUUUAAUGCUUGAAAGACAGAAACUUUUUAAACAAAGUCAAGGACAUCAUAACUUGGCUAACUCCAUUGUUGGAUCUCCUGAUUAUAUGGCUUUGGAAGUUUUGGAAGGUAAGAAUUAUGAUUAUACUAUUGAUUAUUGGUCCUUGGGUUGUAUGCUAUUUGAAGCUUUAUGUGGUUAUCCUCCUUUCUCCGGGUCAAAGCAAGAUGAAACUUAUUAUAAUUUAAAGAAUUGGAAGACCGCUUUAAGAAGACCUCAAGCCAAAGAUGGUAGAUAUGUCUUUAGUGAUCGUACUUGGUCAUUAAUGACUAAAUUGAUCGCGUCACCCUCAAAUCGUAUAAGAACCUUCAAACAGAUUCAACAAACCAGUUAUUUUAGUGAUAUUAAGGAUUGGGAGAAUUUACGUAAUCGAACUCCCCCAUUCACUCCACAAUUGGAUAAUGAAGAAGAUGCUGGUUAUUUUGAUGAUUUUGAAGAUGAAGAGAUGAUGAUGAAAUAUAAGGAUGUAUUUGCCAGACAAGAACAAAAUGAACAAUUGUUAGAAAAAGCUGGAUCUCAACGUAAGAAAUUCCAACAGAAUAAUUUUAUUGGAUUUACAUUUAAACAUAAAUCUAAUCCAAAUAAUAAAUUUGGAAGUGCUGAAGUUAAUUUAUUGAAUAUAGGAGGAUCAAGCUAUAGACUGGGAGGAUUGGAUCCAUUGGCUACGUUGUAUUAG